GACUUCAAAGAAAGUUUGUGCUUUCCAUAAAUAAAUUAAAUAAAUAAGACAUGAUCAAAUUGACAUCGGUAUCGAAACAAGUGAUAUUGAAAGUCAAUAUACUAUCAACAAUGACCAAGGGCAAUUUCCUAUAGAUAGAGAUGACAUGUGAUCCAUCGUUUUUGGUUUCAUUAUUUGUCUAACAACGGCGGGAGAGGACUUUCUUUAUUAUCCUUAUUGUAUCCUUCAUGCUUAGAACUCGACCAUCAUGUCAAAUAAUGAGGAAUGUAGUCUGCAACUAGUGGAAGGGCUAGUUUUGAUAGUGAUUAAUGUUCUUCUGGUUGUCAUUGGAACUUUUGGUAACGUUUUAACGAUCUUAGCUGUCUUAAAGACACCUCAGCUCAGACAAAGACCGUCCAACUUUCUCCUUCUAAGUUUAGCAGUUGCUGAUGUGUUGGUGACAACAAUUUCUCAACCAUUUACGGUGGCCAUAUUUUAYCUAAAGACAUUCCCUGGACAAUGUAAUAGUGUACUGGAGUUGUUGUAUACCAUUAGUGUGUCUUUACCAGGMUGUAGUUCAGUUUUUCACYUAUCAGCCAUCAGUAUUGAUCGWGCCAUUUCUAUGGUUAAACCAUUCCAACACCGCGAUAUCAUAGCAAAAUGGCUGAAACGAAUUCUUGGAACUUGUUGGGCAAUUUCUGUCGCGUUUACCAUCUUCAAUUCUUUGUGGUUUCAAGAAGGAAGAAAAGCAAUUUCAGUGAUAUUUUUUGCGUGUUUUCUUACAAUGGCUAUUUCUUAUGGGAUCAUCCUUUACAAGAUAAAGUAUAAUAAUAACAUUCAAAGUACUCAAGACAACGGAGGUGCACGCGAUAGGAUCAUAGAAAAACGAGUAUCUUGUACAGUUGCAAUAGUAAUUCUUUUAUAUCUYGGAUGUUGGCUUCCUCUAGUCGGGUAUACUCUUCUACAAAACACCGAUGCUGUCUUAUAUGCUGGCGUCCGCACUCUUUAUUUGGCCAAUUCAUCAAUGAACUUUGUGGUAUAUAGUUUAAGGAUUCGAGCUUUUCGUGUUGCAUAUCUAAGACUUAUGCGAAAAAUGCAACGGCAAAUUGCUGGAGGACUAUACUGUUGCGGUGGCAUUGGCGAUGCAACGAGCGAAUCGCAUGGCACAACAGAAUUUGAACUAAACGAGAAUACAGGAGGACACUCCGUAAAUUCAUAAACACAUUGCUCUAUCCUGUAUACACCAGGACACAGUCUACAGUCUUGAGCCUGGCAAAGAAUAAAUAUUUUGUUUUGAUCGUAGUGAAAACGUGUGGAGUGAUUGCAGGAAAUUUGUUAGUAUUUCACGAAUAAUAGCCUAAGACACAGGGAGCCCAAUUCUCCAAAUAGCAUUACUUGAAUAUUGAUCUUAAGCUUUAAUACUACCAUCAGUAUUACAUCUUAUAAAUUAUUGUAAGACUACUUCAUUUAUCUACAAAGUCAGUUUUAUUGAACUAUAUUUUUCUAAGCAUAUAAAUUAAUUGAUUAAAUUGAUAAGAUAAAAAGA